GUCAGCUGGUAGUAACACACACACACACAUCCUCUGUAGAAACACAGUUCUCUCCUGAAGACACGAAGCACUGAAGUGAUUAGUAACCAUGAAAGGGUUUCUGCUCCUCUGCCUGCUCCCCUUGUUUGGAGGUCAAAGGUCAUCAGCAUGCCCCCACCUUUGCUCCUGUCAUCACAAUCAGGUGGAUUGCAGCAGAAGGUCUCUCACCUCCUCCUCACUCCCCACCAGUUUCCCCGCUGGGACCACCUCCCUCCAUCUCCACGACAACCGGUUGACCAGCUUCCCCAAUGGGCUCCUGGAUGAUCUGACCUCCCUCCGCUCCGUCUCCCUUCAUGGUAACCCCUGGGAGUGUGACUGCAGCGUCCUCUACCUGCGGGCCUGGCUGCUGCGUCAGCCUCCCGCCCUCACAUCACACCUGGGCGUCAACUGCAGCUCCCCUCUCGGCCUGAGAGGGCGACUGGUGGUGUAUUUAACGGAGAAGGAGGUCCUGGAGUCCUGCCACUACUGGUACUGGGACCUGGCUCUGGUCUCACAGGUGUGUCUGUUUGUGUUUGUGCUGCUGCAGGCGGCUCUGCUGGUGGCUCUCAUCUUGUUCCUGAAGAGGUUUGAGAGGCUUUCCAAAGAGGCGAGGAGGACCAGGGAGGAGAACCUCACAGCCGGGGAGAGUCUGAGGGAGAACGUGUACGCUCCUUUUAAGGACAGCAGCAUCUGAGAUGGAGCUGUGAUGAUUUAUUGAUACAAAAGAAGAAGAAGAGCUGUUUAUCGUUUGAACAUCGGAGAGUAAAUGUCUCUCACAUACUUUUGUGUUUCAUGCUAUAAUACCAAAGUUCAUUUCAUACACAAGCAGGUGACAAAUGAAAGAAAACCCCUGAAUAAAUGAGUAGAGAAUCAUAACAAAGAUGCUUCAAUGCAGGAAAAAGCUAGAAUGGUUCAAUAAGUAUGAAAAUAAUGUUAACCAGUUCCAACUGAGCACCUAUGGGAGACUUGAAACACCUCACUAAGAUGAGUUUAUUUGUUUUAUUUGUCAUCCAUCUUUGUAUUUGUAGACCUUCAUAUACCACCGUUUAACACCGUAGAACAGACUAAAUGAAAAAAACGAUUAGAAAUAAUCUGCACUAGAGAAUUACUGAUAAUGGAUUUUUAAGGCUGAUGCCAAUGUUAUUAUUUGAGAAGAACAUUUCCUGUAACAACAUACUGGAUUCUAUUUAUUUCAUUGUCAGUAUUUUGAUGAGAAUCCUUUCAAUUGUGAAAAAAGCAGGACAUUUUACAUUUGAAUCAUGGACUUGUCAUUGAUGUGAGGUCGUGAACAAACUACUACAAACAUAUUACUGUAUUGUUCAUACUAAUAUGUUUGUGUUCAGCUAAUAUCAGUUGAUAAUAUCGCAAAUUGGUUUGACUGUCAGCACGGUUAUACUCAUUACACUUUUAUUGACAUGAUAACAAUGAUCACAUGAAGAAAUCUAAUAUUUUCUAUGUCAGGUUUAAAGUCAAUAACUCUUUCUGCCAUGUCGAUGAACAAUAACAUUAUAGUUUUCCAUUUUCAAAGGCUCAUGUGGCCAAAGAAUAUAUCAAUAAAAAUAUGUACUUCAGCUCCUUGAGAAGCUUUAUUUGUAUGUGUGAGCCAACUGAAGACUGAAUGAGAAAUGGUUACGACUGACGAACAUCAUGAAGUGAGUGUUUUAUGUGUGUGUUUGAUAUCUGGCAAUUGUAUACGUUUUUCUAAUUGCAUUAUAUUUUAUGUUUUGUAUUUCCUCUUUUGUAACAUACAUUUUUAAAAAAUCAAAAGCAUUUGGAUUAAUAAAAAAUAUAUAUUUCAAUUGAUAAAUUCAAUACAAUUCUUUAGAAAUUUCCCUCUAAAUCAGCUGAUACCAUAAAACAGACUUACUUCUGUAAGAAAAAAAUAUCGUCUAAAUUCUUCCUUUUUUCUAUGAAUUAAGAAACGCUAAUAGGUAGAUAUUGGGGAUUACUUUUCUUUGUAGCGGAACCUUUAAAUGGAGACUAGGUUUCAGCGGCGGGCUGUUUAAACUGAUGGACCGUCGUUUGUUUACACGUGAGGUUUGUUCAGGACUGUUAUUUCGCACGUGAAGUGUUUACAUUAAACGUGCCGUUGUCUGACCUGUUCAAAUAACAAAUAUUUGUAUUUUGUAAUUUACAUUUUUCACCGUAAUAGUUGAGCUUCAGUUAGCUAGUUAGCUCGUGUAAGAGCCACUUUGUUAUUGUUUGUUUUGUUAAACCUCCCACCACUUGGGGGCGUAGUGUUGCUGUCAAUGAGGCAACAGGUUCAUAUAAUCAGUGGGGCUCAUUGAAACAGGUGUUGCUGACUAGGCAGAGGCAAACUGUUUUUGACCUUAUUGAAUGAAGAUGUAUGUUAUGAUUUAUUUUGUGUAGGAAAGAGGAAAGAUACUUUUGAGAUAGAAAGUGCUUUGUUUGUUUUUGGAAACCCUGCGAUUGUAAGCAAAUAAAUUGCCUUAAUUUAGAAUCUGGACUUUAGUCAUUUUUUGCACAGGACCUCAGUUUAAAAUGGGAAAACUGAGGAAGAAACACAACUGGAAGGGAAGACAGCAAAGUGACGCCCAACAACCAGCAGAGGAGGAGAAGAAAAACGUUGUUGUGGAACUUCAAGAGAACUCUCGCUCGAGCUCAUCAAGAUGGUGGAACCCCAGUCAACGCCCAGCGGGUUCUACUCAAUCUACUUUCUCGUAAAAAAGAGAGGCGGCAGAUUGCGUACAGUCAUGGAUCAGAGGGGACUCAACAAGUUACUGAAGGUUUUGCCAUUCCACAUGUUUAGAACAGCAGAUGUUCUUUGUGCUCUUUUCCAGAGGAAAUGUUCAUGUCUGUUGCC